CCUCCUGAGUCAGGCAGAGGAGAAGAGGCAGGCAGAACAGAGGAUGAGUCUAUCAGUGAAGAUGGAAGCUAAGUUGGAAAGAGCUCCGUUGAAGGAAGGGCAGCCGGGCCAGGCCCAGGCAUGUGCCCAGGAUGCCCUCUCACAUGACAGCGAAGAAUCAGUGUUGAUCUGUUCUGUUCAUAGAGGUGUGAAAACAGCAGCUGCCCCUCCAGUCCAGUUUCCGGUUUCUUUUGAGGAGGUGGCCGUGUCUUUCACAGAGGCAGAGUGGGCACUGCUAGAUCCCGACCAAAGAGCCCUUUAUAAGGCUGUUAUGCUGGAGAACCUUGCAAGCGUGGCUUCUCUGGCAGGGGAUGAGCAGUGGAAUGAGGGUGAUGGGACAGUGCUAAAUAAAGUCCAGCAUGAUUUGGAAGGAAUCUUCAGGAAUCAAGGUGGACCUAAUAAGCAGACAGAGAGUCACAUGACUGAAAACAUGGAUACACCUAUUUCAUGCCAAGGGCAGGAUUUCAAUGAACUAAUCCAAAAAGCAGAGGAAGCACAUAAGUGCUUAGAAUGUGGGAUGACCUUUUCAGAUCAAGGCCAAUAUGAGAUCCAUCUGCAAAUGCACAGUGGAACGAAGAGCCAUCAGUGCCUGGAGUGUGGAAAGUAUUAUGCUCGCAGAACCGAGCUACCUAACCAUCAAAGAACAUAUAAAGGAGAGAAACCUUAUAGCUGCACAGACUGUGGCAAGAACUUCUCACGAAAAUCAGACCUUUCUAGAAUGCAUUGUGGGACUCAUUCAGGAGAGAAUCUGUUAGUCUGCAUAGAGAGUGGAAAGGCCUCUGGCAUAAGAAAAGGUAAUGCACAUGUUCCAAAGCACAGUAUAAUAAGGGCCCAUAAAUGUUUUCGGUGUGGAAAGUUCUUCAGCUUCAGAUCAAAGCUCCUAGUGCACCAAAGAAUUCAAACAAAGGAGGGACCUUUUGAGUACUCAGAAUGUAAAAAGAGAUACAGUCAUAGUAACACUCUUCAAUGGCAUCAAAGAACUCACACAAAUGAGAGACCUUUUGAAUGCUCAGAGUGUGGAAAGAGAUUCAGUCGGAGUUGGACUCUUCAAAACCAUCAAAGAACACACACAAAGGAGAGACCUUUUGAAUGCUCAGAGUGUGGAAAAAGAUUCAGUCGGAAUGGCCAUCUUCAAAGACAUCAAAGAACUCACACAAAGGAGAGACCUUUUGAAUGCUCAGUGUGUGGAAAGAGAUUCAGUCGGAGUUGGACUCUUCAACUGCACCAAAGAACUCACACAAAGGAGAGACCUUUUGAAUGCUCAGUGUGUGGAAAGAGAUUCAAUCAGAGUAGCAGUGUUCAAUCACAUCAUAGAACUCACACAAAGGAGAAACCUUUUGAAUGCUUAGAGUGUGGAAAGAGAUUUAGUCAUCGUCACAGUCUUCAAUAUCAUCACAGAACUCACAUAAAGGAGAGACCUUUUGAAUGCUCAGAGUGUGGAAAGAGAUUCAGUCACAGGAGCACUCUUCAAAACCAUCAAAGAACUCACACAAGAGAGAGACCAUUUGAAUGCUCAAAGUGUGGAAAGAGAUUCAGCCAGUCCAAAUAUCUAACCCAGAGAAAAGUGACAUCAGUCCCUAGGUUUAAACAGCUGCAUACAGGAGGCUGGUUGCAGUGUUUACCCCAGAACUGGAAGAAUGAUCCAGAAUUCCUCUUAAGUGCAAUGUUGAAGAAGGUUGACAGAGACAUUCUUAUCAAGAAAAUUGAAAAAGAAAAUGAAUGGAAAAUACUGAAAGUCAAAGGUCAAACUUGCAAGUAUAAAGCCUAUGUGGACGACUUGAUGUUGAUAAUAGAAGUCCUCACUGAAAACAUUCAGAAAAACCUGAUGCCAGCCAGUUGUGCACCCGGGGGCCCCCCUCCCUGCAAAGCAGGCCUGCAAAGCACAACAUCCCCUAAAGCAAAAAGCACAAGAAAAGCAGAUGCCAUCUCCAGCCCAGGAGACAUGUCAAGAAUUGGCAUGAAGAGGCCUGACUUUGACAGGGAGCGAGGGCAGAAAAGGGGGGCUAGACCACUGGGCCACCUAGAAUUUCAUGCCUUUGGAAAUGACGGGCUAAGUCUGGAGGGAUCAUCCAUUAAUUCAGUUCUCAGGGGUUUCUGUGAGAGGGAGAUAUUGGGGUGCUGGGGGAGUUGCAAUGCAGACCCCAAAACGGGGGAAAUCCACCCUCACCUCAUUCACACACACCCUUCCAUGACCCACAGGAGAAAACCUUUCCUUCCUUCCACCUCAGGAUCCCAAGCCAUGCCUUUCUCUCCAACCCCUUCAGUCCGUGUAUGCCUCUCCAGGCUUCCCGAGGUCACGAGGCAGAGAUCUUUCCAGGCUCUCCGCCAGAUAGAGAAACCUCCUCCAGCGUCUACAGCCUGGCUUCGCCGCGGCUUUGACCCUGCAGGGUUGACUACAAGAAAGCUGGUGCAGAAACCGGGAAUCCCUCGAACCCCUCCACCCCUGCUCACCCGUGCAGCCUGGGGAAGGGCGGCGAUACGAGAAGUCCGGCUGGAUCGGCGCAUCCAGGGACCACCCGUUUCGGUGCUCGCCUACUCCCUCUGGAUCGGCAGCAUCCAGAGACCGCAGCGUCGAGGACACUCUCGCCGUCCGGCCGGAACGCACCGGACCAGCAACUUCCUGGUCGCCGCCCUCUCGGCUGCCGCUGAGGCGGCCCGAGGAGACGAGAGAUGUGCAAUUCGCUGA